AAUGCGUGUGUUACACUCAAAAUAGUCCCAUUUGCUUCAGAAUCGCCAACCCGUGGCAGCACUUCUCCACAUUGGAACUUUGUUAAUACAUCUAUUUGUAUCACAUUUCUUUGUAUGUGUGUGUAGGGCACCGGUAAAUUAUUAUAGAUGUCGGACACCGGGGAGGAGUGGCAGGUGGCCCGGCGACGAAAAGGUGCAGCGCGAAAAUCCAAACCAAUUCAGGUGUCCUCACAUUCAUCAUGCUGCCAGGAGCAGCUGGACAUCGGGAAAACUGUUAAACGAAUCCGAGACACAGUGUCUGAGCUAAGAUCCGAGGAGUUUUGUCAACUGUGGAAAGGACACUUGUCUUCAGAGCAGUUGCUUGUGGCAGGAUCAGCAGCCCUCUCAAAACCUCCAGAGAACAGGGACACCGAGGCCACCACCGACCAGCUGGGGAACCGCAGAGAUGGCAGACAAUGUCCACAGCUGGAGUGUGUUUGUUAUGGCCUUGGCUCCUUUUCCUCCUGUGUCUCAGCUCGCUUCCAGCUUGCCAUGUUGCUGCUGCUGCUGGAUGCAGGACAGAUUCCACUAAGGGACUGCUCUGUUUAUGACCCCAUGUUCUCAUCUGGAGAGAGGGAUGUCUUAAGAGAGCUGGGUCUGACUGUACUCACAGAAAAUGAGGAGGGGAAGCAUCUGGUGACUAAACCCACACUCUUUUACCUGAUGCAUUGUGGGAAAGCCCUGUACAACAACCUUCUGUGGAAGAAUUGGAGUACAAAAUGUCUUCCUCUGACGAUAAUCAUUGGAAAUAGCUUCACUGGCAUGAUGGACAGAACCAUCGAGAGAGAGUUCAAGCGGGACUACAGCUACAUUACUCAGGCUGUGUCCGUGUGUGAGGAGGGACAGCUGCCUUGUCCAUCCCGUCUGAUUGACAUCUUCAGUGACACUGCAGUCAUCACCUUUCCUACCAGCAACCUAAACAAACUCCCACAAUCCACCUGGGCAGAGCCGCCUGAACCAAAGUACCAACACUGCCCUGAUUUGGAGAUAAUUCAGAGGGAAACAAAGAGCUGAGACAGGAGAUAAACAAGAAAUGGACACUUUGUUUUUUUAUUGAUAUAAGCAGUUUACUUUUUUUUUAACCCUGCUUCAAAGCACUGAAUCUCACAAUACUAUCAUGGUAGUUUCUAUCAAGGCCUAAUUUGGGAGAAAACAGUACGGUUGAGUAUCUUGGAUCUGUUCCCAAUACCCUCUGAAAAUCUUGUUAUUGCUGAACAAUUACUCACCUUACUGCAGUUAUGUGCAGGUGUACACCAGGACAAUGUGAUAUCUGUUGGGUAGAGUUAAGUAAAUUGAAGCACAUUUGUGCAAAUAACAUCUUUUUGUGUUGCAUUAAAAUGCGUUGACAAAGAGUUUUAUCGUGUUAACACACCAUAUUUUUGAUACAACAAAAAAUGACGCGUUAACGUGCCAUUUCUGGUUGUGGCCAACGAGAGGCUUUGAAUCAAGGCACUUAUGCAUAUCCUGUAUUUGUACCUGUUAUCUGUUCUGUUCCAUAUAUUUCUGACCACACCUAUCAGGGAUUCUGUGUACAGCUGGGCUUGACCUUACUUGUUAAGCGGUAGGACAUGCACAUCUUCAGAUAUCUAACACUUUUGUAGAGCAUCACACUGCAGCACAAUUUUUACUUUUUAUGUAAAAUAAAAACAUUUUUUAUAUGAUGGUUUUCAAGGUGGCGGCUGUGCCGAUCGCUUUUCACUGUCACUAUUAUGUUAUCAGUGGUUGUCUGGAAGUUGAAAAAACACUCUUGUAAAAUCAUUGUUAGUAAUGUGUACAGCAUUUUUUGUAAAUGGAGAAAAACACAAGUGUCGUCCUUUAUGUAGAGGUUAAGGCCAUUGUCAGGAAUUAAUGGACAGUGGGGGAGGCCAUGCCGUCGUACGGUUGCCUCUGCUGAAGUCCAUUAAUAAAAAAUUGAGUAUUCAACCAGACCAUGGUAUAAAUUUAGAUUAUUCUCCAGAUGUGGCACCAUCUCUUGUUUGCAGGUGGUUUAUUUGCAUUAUACCUUCACAUAUCAUGUUUACAAUUGCAUAUAUUCAGUGUAUAUAUGUCCCAAAAAAGCAACAUCACUGGUAAACCAGAGUAAAAAGUUUAUUGUAAAAAAAAAAAAAAAUAGCACUCAACAGUACAGCCCCCUCCCAGCAUCAUCAACAUCUCCAGCACAAAGUAAUACUCAUCAUCCUCUUACUCUCUGUUACCUGAUUCAUACUCAUUGGCUCAAAUUACAUCUAGCAUCCUGGGAGUUUUUUUUAUUAAUACAGCAG